AUGCACCAUGGCGGCCUAUUUGAAACAGAAGUAAGUAGACCUAUGACUCCUAUUCAUUACGUUAGCGAAAUCGGAGAUUUACCUGAAGUAUUUACUCUUCCAAAAACAACACGUAAUCAUGCUAAAAAAUUAGUACCAAAACAAACAGGAUUAAGGUUUGCACCUAAAAACGUCGUUUCUCUUGAUAUCGAAUCAAUUCCAAAAUCUUGCCCAACUUCUGCACGUCGUCCGAAGUCAGUAAUGACAAAACAACCUUUCAAAUCAUUUGGAAGAUCUCCCUCAAGGCCUCAAUCUCGCCUCCCAACAACUAACGAAAUCAAAAAUCUUCGAAAACAAGUAGAAUCUAAUCAACCACGUGUUAUUCAUUGGGGAAGUUCUACAGAUCAGAUGCCGUAUUACAAUAAUCUUAAUAUAGAAGUCGAACCUGAAGAACCAAACCCUGAUAAUAUUAUCAAAGAUCAGGAAGAAAUAGAUAUUUCUAGACCAUUGCAACCAGUUGGUUUAAUAUCAAAUACAGCUUCUAUCAUGGAUUAUUGCGGAAUUCCUAGUUCAUUGACUUUCAUUCGUUAA